GCCUUGCGCGCUUGUCUGCGCGUCAAAGCUGCGCAGUAAAGCACUUUUUUUCCUCUUCUAUUUUAUUGCACCACCACGUGUAAACUGUGGCAAGAACCGACAACAUGCAGUUGUUUAUUCGCGGACAAAACCUUCAUACUUUGAACCUUGAUGGAUGUGACUCCAUCUUGUCUGUAAAGAAAGAGGUCUCUCUUCGAGAGGGAGUCGAUGUUGAGGAUCAAGUUCUCUUGUAUGCUGGACAACCCCUCGAGCCUCACUUGAGCAUUGAGGAAUGUGAGCUUGGCGAUCAGGCUACUCUUGAACUCAGCGUUCGUCUUCUUGGAGGAAAGGUUCACGGUUCUUUGGCCCGUGCAGGAAAAGUUAAAUCCCAAACACCAAAGGUUGACGCACAAGAGAAGAAGAAGAAAAAGACUGGUCGUGCCAAGCGCCGCAUGCAAUACAACAGGCGAUUUGUUAAUGUAGUAGCUACCUUUGGUCGCAGAAAGGGGCCCAACUCCAAUGCACCUUGAAAUACUGUUAAUAUAUUGUCUGAAGUCUCCUAGUACUGCAGGACAUUGUUAAUUCAAUGCAAUAAAGUGCUGUAUAGUCAGUUGGCAA